AGUACUUAAAGUGCUUCCUUAGAAUGACUGCUCCCAUUCUCCGUCGAUGCUUAAACAGAUACUAAGAGUAACAUUCACCCUUAGGUUUGUCUCUAACACUCUUCGGAACUAACUGGAUCUUUAUGACGUUACUAAUAUUUUUGCUCUCCCUUUCUCCAUAUCUUAAACAUCUUUGGAGUCAAUUACCAUCUCAUUUGCCGCUUUUAAUUCCUUCCACCCUCCCUCCUUCAAACCCCUCUCUUUUUUGGUCCUUCUUUUCUGCAUAACUGUUAAUUACCGCUCUCUAAGGGCCGCUCUCGUCGAUGUCCAGCAUGCGCUGGACAGUUUCGUAACUUGAGGAUGUUUCCCGCGGACCCACACGGACAGGAAGAUGUGGCCUUCAACGCUACGUGCCAGCCACUUUCGACCAUCACUUGGAGGUAUACUAUUACUUAGUAUUGAACCCUUAUAUUGGAAUAAAAAGAUGAGGAGGUUUUAUGCCUGCUGGAGAGAGAGAUUGUAGAUUUCAGCUCCAGCGGAUUUUUUUCAUGCUCAUAAAUAAAUAAAUGAUAAAUGAAUCCUCUAUGUAACAAUAGGAAUCAUUGUAAGUAGCAAUAACUUCACGUCUUUUUAGCGAUUUAUGUUGAAUUGCGAGGUGGUAUACCGACUCGACAAAAACUGUUAUGCACAGGUGAGUCGAAAACACAAUGAAAAGGUAAUACAGAAAAAAUCAAUUAUUUCAUUUAAUGCACUUGUCCGGAAAAACAAAAUCGUAUUCAUUGCUUUGGUAGUACUUUGAAAAACCCAUCAGUAUAACCUCGAAAAAACGUGGACACAAAAAAGAAAACCGUCGCCACGGUUCUCUCGCUCGGAAUAAUACUGCACUCGUUUAUGGUUGCUCUUCUGCUCUGCCUCAUUCAUCCAACAACAAUUGAAAAACUUUGACUCAGGUACAGUGAUGCGAACGGUACCGGUAAAAUACAUUUCUUUCCCUACAUUCUACACACUCAAAGUGCUACCGCCUGCUACAACUGCUGGUAGAUACAUUUACUCUAGAGAGUGUACCAGCGACGAUGAGAACGGUGAAGGUAAAAUAUAUUUUGUUCUGCUUCAUUCUACUCUUUCUUAGGUUUACAGCACUCUACAGUAGGCUGGGCGAUACAUUUGCUCAAAGCUACCGCCGCUUUUAAAAAUGUAAUAUAGCUUUCUACCGCCGUCGAAAAAAAGUAUUCUACCGCUGUACUUUACAUUGUUCGCUCAAAAUGGUAGCGCACGUGUUUACGUUGAACGUUAACAAAUGAUUAUUAUUUAAUAUAUAAACAUUAUGUGUUGACGAUUUUUUUGUAUUUCUCAAGACCAGAUUAUAUUUUAUUUAAAUAGUAGAUCGUUUGAUAUGCUUGAUAAUCUUCCCGAAUGGUGUAAUGAAUUAUUUGUUUUCAAGACCCUUUUUAAAUGAAGAAUUCAAUGCUUUGCUGCGUUGAAACGUACUGAUUAGAUUUUAGCAGAUGAAAAAGUAAACAAAGAGAAACAAUUUACUUUUGUGACCUUAUGAAAUGGUUACGUCGACUUGUCAAUUUUUUCCCUUCAUUAACAGUGAAUGUUGUUGUUCCUGAAAUCCUAUUUUUUCCAAAUCGAUUCGUGAUCGUGAAAAAUGACUGAUUCAUCGAAAAUAAAGCGUUUUUAUCGGGACAUAGCCAAUGAUUGUUAUAAGUGUGAAGGUGAUUUUAUAAUUUGUAACAUCGAUUCUACUCGAAACUGUACGUACAAAAAAUUAAAAAGUAGUUAUGAUCCCGGAAAUUUUGUUAAGCAUUUACGAAAUGUGCAUCCGGAAAAGGCUCUGGAAUACGGACUACUGAAGCAAGGAUAUGCACCAGAAAAGAAAAGGAAAAUUCUUAAAACAUCAAUAGCACUCGACAGACAAGCUGUGGUUGAAUCUUUGGUAAAAAUGGUAUCACUUCAUCACUUGCCCCUAUGCGCCGUUGAAUGGGAAGGUUUUCGAGAACUGCUAGAUCCAAUUUGCGAAGCACUUAAAUUUAAAAUCAAUCGAGACAAUAUCUCCCGCCAUAUUGAACAAUGCGCAGUAAAUAUUAGGGAAAAAAUUGCAGCUGAAAUGCAAGGUCGAUUAAUAUGCAUUAAAGUCGACUCUGCGUCCCGAUAUGGCCGUCAUGUAGUGGGCAUAAAUGCGCAAUAUAAUAAAGAUGAUACUGUGAUUAUUAGAACCCUAGCAAUGAUGGAAGUUAAAUGUCGCCAGACUGGUAAAUUCCUAAAGUCAAAAAUCGAUGAUGUACUGAAGAUGUACGGAGUCGCACAAGAACAACUAUUUAGUGUUACUUGUGACAACGGUGCUAAUAUGAUUGCCGCUGUUCGGGAGAUGCAGAAAGAUGCGGUUGCGUUCAUAGAUGAAGAAGCAGAUGCAGAUGAUGUAUUAUCUGAUCAGUCUAUGUUAGAGUACGAGAAAGAAAUUAGUUUGGUACGUUGUGCAGUGCAUACAAUGCAGUUGGCAGUGCACGACGUUGUUAAAACGUACGAUUCUAGCAUACGUGAAAUUGCUAAAGUAGCCGUAACUUGCCGGCAAAUAAUAUAUAAAAGCUCCUUCGAAAUACAUAAAACUCCAUUGCCACCACUAUUCUCUCGGACCAGAUGGGGAGGAGUUUACAUUAUGCUUGAACAUUUCAAGACACAUGAGCUUUUUUAUAGGGAAAUGGGAAGUUCAUACAACGUACUUGAUCUUGAUUCACAUUGGGAAUUCAUAUGUCAUUAUGUUGAGGCAUUCGAACCCAUUUUUAGGUGCACUAAAGAAAUGCAGUCGAAGCAUGUCAGCUUAUCUUGCUUCUAUAUUCAGUGGCUGAAGGCCAUUAUGGAAGUUAAAAAGAUAGCGUCCAAUGCAUUAACAACAAAAUUAGUAUCUGCUUUAACCGUCAGAUUAAGUGGUUUGAAAACUAGUAUGGUUUUCAAAGCAUGUAUGUUGUUGGAUCCCAGAUUAAAUUAUUUGAAUUCAAAUAUUCUGACUGUGGAGGAUAAACUAGAGACAAGGCAAUUUCUAAUAGCUACAAAUGACCGUCUCUCCAAAAUUCGAAAAAUUGAAAUGAAAAAUGAAAGUAAAUCAACGGAAACAAUCGAAAGUGAUGAGUUCGACACAUUCCUUACCGAAAUGCUAGGGGGAGGAUUACCCAAUACUAAUUGCAGUUCCGUAACAUUACACCAGCAACUUAACGCACUGGAUUUAGAACCGCAUCAAAGUUAUAGCUUUGAUGUUUGGAAGGUUCCACCGCGUAGUACACAAAACUUGACUUUCCCGGAAUGGUUAUGUCACCCUCUUGUUCCCGGGAGCGAACUUAAUCACGCGACCCCCGUUGCUCCGGUUCCCACUUUAGCGGAAUUCAACUACCCGCAAACGAAGGACAACAAGCAGCACUUGGCCACGCAAAUAUCACUCAAUCCACGGUGCCACGGGUAG